AUGGUCGUUGGUGGCGGCGCAGCCAUUUUAGGUCGGCGAAACUGUGGUUUUCGUCCAGUACUCAACGAUACACCAACAUCUAUAGCUAGUGCCGCUGGUUCAACAACGCGACCAAAUCAUGCCACUUCAUUAUUUUUGCCACCACAUUUGGCUUCACUUAGCUCACAAUUUUCACAGCAGCCUCUAUUUCCUGGUUUAAAAGGUGUACCCUCUUUUCCAGGACUCUGUUCUUGUUGCACCCUAAAGCCUCCUCAUUCGUCUGCCAACUCGGUGGCAGUAUCUUGUUCUUCAGCCACCAGUUCACCGGAAUCACCACCUCAUUCCACACAUUCCAAUUGUGAUCCACGUUCUUCAUCCGUUGCCGAAUUGAGACGUAAAGCUCAAGAACAUUCUGCUGCCUUAUUGCAAUCGCUUCAUGCCGCCGCUGCUGCUGGUUUAGCUUUUCCCGGUCUUCAUUUGCCGCCUUUAUCUUUUCAUCAUCACAACACGCUAACUAAUGCUCAUCAUCAUGCUGCUGCCGCUGCAGCAAGUGUUCGUUUGAAAAAUGAAGCUCAAGAUAUGACCGCCAGUACUAUGAAUGGUUUAGUUGCCAAUAUGAUGCCUUCAGUAACCAGUUUAAUGGAACAAUCAUCACCCAAUUCAAAUCAAACACCACCCACAUCGUAUCAACAACAGCAGCAGCAACUUUUACAGCAACAACAACAACAUCAAGUGCAUACUCAUGGCCAACUUUCACCACCGACUACACCAACUCAAACUUCCAACUCCUCCAAAGAUACACCGCUCAACUGUACUAAUGGAGCGAUUAUAACCAAAACUGAAUGAAUAUAUUAAGUAGUUUCAUAAUACACUUAGAGGUUUCUUUUCAAAAUUUUUAUAUUUAAAGUAAUUAAGUUUUCUUGCCCGAUAUUAUUUUUUAAUGAAAUAUAAUUAAUAGUUUUAAGUAUAUAGUUAUUUAAAAAUUAUUGUUAAAAAAAAACAAAAGACAUUUUUAAUUUAAGUAAAAUCCCCUUUGCAAUUAUGUGCAAAAUAGUUUCAAACUAAAACUUUCUUAUAUUAUGAAAGAAGUGGAAAUGAUUAAGAGUUUUGGGACCUAUUAACAAAAAAACGA